AAGCCCCACACACCUCGCCUAUUGACACACGGAAAUUUGGUGUGUAAUUGCUUCCUGCAUCACGGUGCUCGGGUGACAGAAAAUAACACUUGGCUCGGAGGCGCUCACGUUGAACGGGGUUGUCCGGGGCGACUGUUUGAAGAGCGGGUCACCGAGCCAGGCGGGGCAGAGUGACCGGGAGAAGCGCUAACAAGUGCGGGAGGAGAAGUGCGGUCGACUCUUCCCCUGGGCUCCGCCUCGGCGCGAUAUAGGGGGCUCGUCCGGGUUCAUUCCCCCCACACCUGUGAUGUUUACUCGUGGCCAACUCGCUUUGUCGAGGAGGGAGAAGGGCGAAUAAAACCAGCAAUCUACUGCUUGUCAUUCCUGCAACAUUCAACUUUAACUUUUUUCCCCACCCCGCGAUCAAAUUAAGCAGCGUUUUUUUUUGUGUCUAUGUUUCUGGUAUUUAUUUUUAUUUUGUUUCCACUUUCAAGUGGCCUCUUGUAUCUCUGACAGUCAGAACAGUCCCAGACCUAGUUCCAGUCCCCGCAGCGCGUACCUUCCCCAAGCCGGGCUGACAGGGGUGCAAGGAUGGUGCUUUUCAGCGGCUCCCUGAAGGUGAAGAUCGGAGAGGCUGUGGAUCUGAAACCCACCCGCUGCGCUCUCCGGCACUCGAUAUCCAGCAAGAAUUACCAGUUGUUGGAUCCGUAUGUCAUGGUGAAAGUUGACAAUCGGAGGGUCGGGCAGACGGUCACCAAGCAGAAAACCAGCCGCCCCACGUUCAACGAGGACUUCAGCACUCGGAUAUGGAGAAGCAGCGAGAUCGAACUGACCGUCUUCCACGACACCCCUAUCGGGUACGAUGACUUCGUGGCCAACUGCACCUUACAGUUCGAGGAGUUACUGAAAACUGGCACGAAAACCUUCGAGGGCUGGGUUGAUUUGGAGCCUGAGGGCAAAAUUUAUAUCGUGAUAGACAUGAAGGAAGUGACUUGUGAAGAGCCUGAAGAACAAGUGAAGCACAAUGUACCUGAAAGGGCAUUCAAGGAACGCAUCGUUUCCAGGAAACGGCAAGGUGCGAUGCGGCGAAAGAUUCACCAGGUCAACAACCACAAGUUCAUGGCUACCUACCUGCGCCAGCCCACGUACUGCUCCCACUGCAGGGAAUUCAUCUGGGGAAUCUUUGGCAAACAAGGAUACCAAUGUCAAGUUUGUACAUGUGUGGUUCACAAACGCUGCCACCAGCUAAUUGUCACAGCAUGCCCCAGAAUAAAGAAGGAGAUGAAAGCAGAGGUAUGUGAACAAAGAUUCAGCAUCAAUGUGCAUCACCAGUUCCACGUCCACAACUACAAGAAGCCAACCUUCUGUGACCAUUGUGGCUCUCUGCUCUAUGGACUAAUGGGGCAAGGGAAACAAUGUAAAGUUUGCAAAAUGAACAUUCACAUUCGCUGCGAGAACAACGUGGCUCCAGGCUGCGGAGUGAACUCUGUGGAGCUGGCCAGGAAGCUGGCAGAGAUGGGGCUCAGUGCGGGGAGCAUAGCGACUCUGAAGAGGAGACAGACGGGGCAAAGUUACAAAAACCACAAAGAAGACGAGACGCCUGGAGACAUACCUGACAGCAAUGACAAGGAGAGCCAGCGAACGGAACGCAAAUUAAGCAUUGACGAUUUUACCUUCAUCAGUGUCCUAGGGAAAGGCAGCUUUGGGAAGGUAAUGCUGGCAGAGUUCAAAAGCACAGAAGAUGUGUACGCUGUGAAAAUACUGAAGAAAGACAUGAUCCUCCAGGAUGAUGAUGUGGAGUGCACGAUGAUCGAGAAACGGAUCCUGUCGCUGGCCAAAAACCAUCCAUACCUCACACAGAUCUUCUGCUGUUUCCAAACUCCGGACCGGCUAUUUUUUGUGAUGGAGUAUGUAAACGGGGGAGACUUAAUGUUCCAGAUUCAACAAGUACGGAAAUUCGAUGAAAAGCGCGCCCAGUUCUACGCUGCCGAAAUUACCUCAGCACUCAUUUUUCUGCACAAUAAGAAAGUUAUAUACAGAGAUUUGAAACUGGAUAAUGUCCUGUUAGAUUCGGAGGGUCAUUGUAAGCUGGCUGAUUUUGGAAUGUGCAAGGAGGGAAUCUAUAGUAAUUACACAACUUGUACGUUCUGCGGCACACCUGACUACAUUGCACCAGAGAUUUUACAGGAGUUGCAGUACGGCUCAUCUGUGGACUGGUGGGCACUCGGGGUCCUGCUCUAUGAGAUGAUGUGUGGUCAGCCCCCAUUUGAAGCUGAAAAUGAAGAUGAUCUGUUUGAAUCUAUCCUGAAUGACGAGGUCCUUUACCCAGCCUGGCUGAGUGAACGAGCAAUGGCCAUCCUGAAAGCAUUCAUGAUAAAAAUUCCAAGCAAGCGGCUGGGAUGUGUCGCAGCACAAGGUGGGGAGCAGGCGAUUUUGGACCAUCACUUCUUUGAAGGAAUCGAUUGGGAACUGCUUGAACAACGAAAAGUCAAGCCGCCUUUCAAACCCAGGAUUAAAACAAACAGGGAUGUAAACAACUUUGAUCGAGACUUCACUGCAGAGAAGCCUGUACUGACACCAAUUGAUGAGGCUCUUGUCCGAAUGAUCAAUCAAGAUGAAUUCAAUGGAUUUUCUUUUGUUGCUGAAGAUGCAUGUGCAUGAAAUAUGAAUUCAUCAGUCAGGGGACAGUUCUAGAGACCUGACAAGGACCAGCAUCGCAAAACCCACCACAAGCAAAUGGAUUGGUGGGACAGGAAGUUUAUACAGACAGUAUCAAUUAUUGAAAUGAGAACUGGCAUGCUGUUUAGAUUAUUUUUUUGUUUGUGCAACUUUGUGAAACUGAGUGGCUUUUGACUCAUUGUCCAUUAUCUUUCUACCAACCAGUCUUUUGAAUAACAGAACUGAGGGUCAUCAUGAAGCAAUCAUUUACAAAUAAGUAUUGUUACAAUGGAUCAUUAAUUUAUGCAUCCUUCAUUUGCACUUAGCUGUUUAGGUAUUUAAUUAGCUGUAUACCUAUCAACAGAAUCUGACAGUUGUUAAUAGUAAGCAGUUCUAGACUCCAUAAAAUAUAUUUGGUUCUUUGUCACAUAUGUCCUUAUGACAUAGAAGGAUAUCUUCAGGGAUCGCCAUGUUCAUUUACUGGGAUCAUGCAUGGGUGGGGAGGUACAUCCUGCAGACUAUUUUGUAUUGUACUCUGCUAACUGCUUGAAGUAGACAUCAUAAGAUUUUGAUGCACUGUGGAGGAAUUUAUCUGUGGAAUGAAGAGUAUGAAUUUUUUGUGUAUAUAGGUUGUAGCUGUUGGCAAAUAAAUGUUAAAAGGAAUGCAUAUAUUGUAUUUACAAAAGUUAAAAU